AUGCUAACCUCGACUUAUGGAAACUAUGGUCUCGAAUCUCGACUUAGAAUGUGGAAGAAUAUGCAUGUCUCGACAAUCUCGACAUUAUGUCUCGACUCUCGGAAAACUUAUGGGAAAACUUGGCACACCCACUUACAAAAAUUGGCACCGCCUACUUUGGUCACCAGCUUAACAACGACAAACUAUUAUCAAUGGUCACGCCCCUUUCUGGCUAUAAAAGUUCAGCAGAAAAUGCCAUCCAUCAAUCAUUUUAACAACUUUGAAAACUUGGAAGAACUUUGGUCAAUCAAUAUGAUGCGCCUUCACAACAAUACUAAAACAACUCCAACUCGAUUGGACCGAUGGCUGGAUCAUCACUACUUUGGAUGGAAUCGUGACGACAAAACUCAAUUUGAAGCUGGAGUAGCAAUUGCUAAGAUAAUGGAAUCUGUAAAUGCCGAACUGGAAUUUUUAACUGCAAAAAGCACUUUGCGACGACCAGCAGGACUUGCAGGAUUUACUGAGCUACCUGCCAACAAGGAACUGAUUAUGCCCAACUGCACUGUCGACCGUCACUACUGGAACAAAGGAGUUAAAUUGACUCGACCUGACCUACCCUGCAUGCUCUUUGGAAACCCGCUGGAACGUGAGAACCGACAUGGAUUUCGUGGAUCAAGUGCUAAAUCACUACGUCGCAACCGUGGAAAAGCAUGUUGGAGACAAGGAGAACGACACUAUGAACUUAUCCCACCAGAAAGAAUUUAUUGGACCAAUUCGGAAAUGACAGCACGUGAAAGUGAGCAACAUGUUAGUGCUCAACCGGAACAUGAUACUUGGACUGAUUGGACUUUUGAUGGAGAACUUGCUACUCCACCGCCGGCCGCCAACAGAACUUCUACGCCUGUGCAAAAGGAAUUUGGGACUCGAGAACUACCAACUAUACCAAUCUCUCCAGUGAUGGUGUACCGAAAAUCUGGAAACAAUGUUGAACCGUUUGAUAAUGGUGGAUUUAACCGAUUGGACUCGUCUGUACCAACAGAACCUAUGGCUGGAACAACUUUAGGCAAUAACCGCAACGCCAAUCGCAACGUGCGCCGAAAUGCUCAGUCAACUACUAAACAGCUGACUAGGAACUCACAAUCGACUACCCGCCGUGGAAUCAAUCGCCCGCAGUUAACUACUCAAAACAAUCAUCCACAAUCGACUACACAUCCACGGUCAACUAUAAACAACAAUCGCCCACGGUCGACUGUUCAUAAUAAUCGCCCGCGGUCGAUUAUUCACCAGCAAGUGCCUAUUAAUGAAAAUGCUAGCAAUGUGCCUGCAUACUCUUCUACUCGUCGCACACAGACUCAACACGUGCCUGCACACUCGUCUACCCGUUGUACUCAGACUCAAUAUUGGCCACACACUCUUUCUUUCUCUGAACGACAUGCGCCGCCCACUCAACAUAUAACAAAAACAAAAGAAAGGCCAAGCCAGAUGUGUCCAUCAAUUUCAAUUUUUAUCGGCAUUGUGCUAUCUUCAUUUUGCUGCAACGUUGUCUGCGCCACCCCUAUUAUGCUUUUUGAUAUCGAACUUUGGGCUCCGCCUCAUACCACUCGCGCUUUGAACGUUCAAAUCACUUUAAACUUUGACAUUUCAAUAAUGGCACAAGCACAAAUUGAAAAGCUUUCUACUUCAGAGAGAAAUAAAUUAAAAUUAGAAUUAAUGCCUAUUCCAUCACUUUGCAUCGUGUGUGACAGCAAAGGCAGCAAACCAAUUGGACAUCGCCCUGGAGACAGUUUGUGCCCUUUCUACAAUGAUGGAUACAAACGAAAAACUUGGCGUCAAAAAUUGGGACUACCAGACAAACUGGCUGCAUGUCGCGCAAAAGCUGCUCUAAUAAAGAAAUUGGGAAAAGAACGACUCUGCCCAACAACAACAGCACGUCUUGCUACUAUUACUACACUUAAAACAACAACCAAUAAUGAAAGCAAGCAGCAGCCAAUCAUCACUGCCUCAGCAAUUGUCAAAACAACACCAGCACAUGUGCAGACAACAGAGGAAGUGAGUACCGUAUCUCUCUCACCUCCACGCAGCCCAUCACCUGCAUGUGCACCUCAAUUUGCCCGUCGCAAAAUUACAGACGACUUAAUGCUGCCACCAUUUGCUAAAGCCCAUCAGCAAGUGCCGACAACAACUCUACCAACAACAAAUAAACUGGCGAAAAAGAAACCUUUUUAUGUCGCUUCUACAAUAACUGAGAAAGCAGCACCAAGGAAAAUGAUGGAGGAAAUGGUGUCAAAAUUUGCGGCAACAACUCAGCAGAAAACAGCACGUGCGAAAAGUGUGGCUUUUUAUGAAAAAGAAUUGUGUGGUCUACCAAUAGCACGUCCGCUGGCCAACGACUAUUGCUCUGUGCUCGACCCCGACUCAUUGCAAUAUGCUGGAAAAACUUUAACUAAAGAAAAGCUAAAAGAAAUGGAGAUGCAGAGACCUUUGACUUUAAAGAAUUGGCGCACCAUGAUGCAGCAACGUGUAGGAAAGAUGCAAGACUACUUAAUGUUUUUGGAUGGAAAACAGCACGUGCAGAAUGUUUCCCAAUCAUCACACUUGGCUCAUCCCCGCACGUGGCAGCUUGUAAAAGAAAUCUACGAACAAGAGAAAAAAGCGAAAAACACCAAGUCAAGCAAGCUCAUCAAGAAACUGCCGAACGACGAUAAAAAACGAGCCCCGCACCGUGCAUGGACAACAUUUGAGUUAGAAAAAGAUUUGGGAUGA